AUGGCGACGCAGUCGCCCGACCCCGCGAUGGCUAAGCUUCUCGGUCACAAGUACUGGAAUCACUUCGCCAUUCAGCUCGGACAUUGGAACUCCAUGAAGGUAAUCAUCAUGGAUGAUGAGAUGUUCCGCCUCAUCCCCAUUUUGGUAAAGAUCGAGAUCGCUCGCGAGAUGAGCAAGUUUCUGAACGAGGACGUGAUGUUUGCGCGGGACGCCGACAAUGCGAAGGUCUGGAUACUCGGCCCCAAGAAGCUCAUCCGCCCAAACAUCACUGUUGUCGGCAAUAUUCCCAUCUGGGAUCCGAAGAAGAAGCAUGUGCCGCUCCAGGAGAUCAAGAUCCGCCGUCCUCCCAAUGCCUAUAUCCUCUACCGCAAGGAUACGCACAACGAGGUGAAGGCUCAGAACCCCAACCUCCACAACAACGAGAUUUCCGUCAUUAUUGGCGCCAUGUGGAAGCGCGAGUCUCCCGAGGUCCGGGCCAAAUACCAUCAGAAGGCUCAGGAGAUCAAGGCUCACAUAAUGGCGCUUCAUCCCACUUACCGAUAUGCGCCUCGAAAGUCUUCUGAGAUUCGCCGCCGUGCACCUCGUCGGUCGCGUCUCCAGGGUUUCGAGCACAACGCGCACCAGAGUGCUCAAGUCAGCAAUGAGAAGGCAGGCAUUCGACCCAACAGCGACAUCUCACGCCGCAUUCCCGCCUCUCAGCGCUUUCUCCCGCCGGUUGUGGAGCCUGGCUGGACGCCCUACCACCUGCUGCCCCAUGCACCUACCGAGCAGACUCUCACGGGUUUUGAGACCCCGGUUGAACAGGGCCCGGAUAUGGAUGGCGACCAAGCCUAUCCUACUGUCGAGGAGCUCAUUUGGGAUCUUGAAGCGGAUAUCGCCCGGAUCCUCGCUUAG